AUGAGGAACGGGCGAGAGGACAAAUGUAAACGCGCCCGCGGCGGUGUUGACACGCGACCCGACAAAUUCCGGCGACGAGAGGUCCUUGUGGCGGCGAGCCUCAAGAAGAUUCCCAGGACACCGAGGAAGGGGGACAAAGAGCGAAUUCUGCGAACGCGCGACGACGGCUGUAAAUCGUGCGACUGUCCUGGUAUAUCACUUCGCAAACGAUUUUGCGACGUUUACGACACGAAUCCGACACGGCGGCGGAACAACGUCGCUGGAAUAGCUACGGUCUUCGGCUUUAGCAAAAACACAUUCGCUGCAAAAUUUAGGGAAAAA